GCAUGCGCAGUUUGUCGCACUACUGUGUGUGCGGUAGUAGUGAUGGCGUCCUCCGCAGCUCGGUGUUCAGCACGCUGGGUGACAGUCACUGUGUCCUCUAAUGUCCGCACUUGUAGCACUUUUGCCUCCAGGCCUAAUGGAGCUAGUCGAGCUUUGGGGAAAUUCGGGAGCGGCGUGUUUUGGUCUGCGGGCAGCAGAGCUGGAGAAGGAGCGGAGAAAGCGGUGACAUUGACAGGACUGUUAGGUGGAAACCCUCAUCACGUCCUGCCCAGGCUGUCUUUCCACAUUAGUGCCACUGCCAGUAAUAAACAGGACUUUUACCAGGUUCUCGGUGUACCGCGCACAGCAUCCCAGAAAGAGAUCAAGAAAGCCUAUUACCAAAUGGCAAAGAAAUAUCAUCCAGACACAAACAAAGACGACCCACAGGCCAAGGAGAAAUUUGCACAGUUGGCUGAAGCCUAUGAGGUGCUCAGUGAUGAGGUGAAGAGGAAGCAGUAUGAUACGUACGGCUCAGCUGGGUUCGAGGCGGGCAGAGCCGGAGCUGGAGCGGGUCAGCAGCAGUACUGGAGCGGUGCCAGAGUCGACCCUGAGGAACUCUUCCGCAAGAUCUUUGGGGAAUUUUCCGGAGCUCGAGGCUUUGGGGACUUCAACGGCAUCUUUGAUCAGCCACAGGAGUACGUGAUGGAGCUGACUUUUGCCCAAGCUGCCAAAGGCGUGAAUAAGGAAAUCACGGUGAACAUUGAGGCCGCCUGCCAGCGCUGUGAUGGUAAAGGCCAUGAGCCGGGCUCUAAGAUCCAGCAGUGCAACCACUGCAACGGCACAGGAAUGGAGACGGUGAACACAGGGCCAUUUGUGAUGCGCUCUACCUGUCGGCGGUGCGGCGGCCGUGGCUCAGUGAUCACCUCCCCCUGCAUAGCAUGUAAAGGAACGGGUCAGAGCAAGCAGAGACGCACCGUCAUGGUUCCUGUUCCUGCUGGUAUUGAAGAUGGGCAGACAGUCAGGAUGCCUGUGGGAAAUAAAGAGAUCUUCAUCACGUUCAGGGUCCAGAAGAGUCCUGUGUUCAGGCGAGAUGGGGCAGAUAUCCACUCAGACGUUCAGAUUUCAGUGGCUCAGGCCAUCCUGGGAGGCACAGUGCGAGCACAAGGACUCUACGAGACGGUCAAUCUUUCCAUCCCAGUUGGAGUCCAGGCCGAUCAGAAGAUCAGGCUUUCUGGAAAGGGAAUCCCACGAGUCAGUGGCUAUGGUUAUGGUGAUCAUUACAUCCACAUCAAGAUUAAAAUCCCCAAGAUGCUAACUGAUAGACAGCGUGCCCUCAUUAUGAGCUAUGCAGAGGAUGAGGCAGAUGUGGAGGGAACUGUAAAUGGAGUCACUACAACCACUGCAGGUAAAAGAUCUACAGGAAACUGAGAGAGCAUUGUGGGUCAUGAGGACCCCGGGCAGGUGCUGUGACUGGCUGCUGGACGUGGAGAAGAGAAGCAGGAGUGUGAGACUUCACACUUCUCAAGCAGACAGCCAUGGCAUUAAACACACACGUCUGCAUCCACCAUUUCCUUACAUGCCUUAUGGAAGAUGAUCUUUUCUAAAAGGACCCUGCUGAUCCACACUGAAGAUGAUUUCACUAGCUUUACGUGCAGUGGAAGUCUGUGGAAGGCAUUCAGAGAGCUCAAGAAACGCACAGAAAUCUUAACUUGAUUCAGAAUGAAUACAUUUUAUGUUGCAAUGUUUUGGGUCAUCAAUCGUGCGCACUGUUCUUACACUAUGUAAAAUUACCCCACUUUCUGUAAAAUGUGCUUUAAGAAGGCUGAAGAGCAGUUAGUUGUGAGUUUUUGAGAAAGUUCUGAGAUUUGUGUCUGCACAGACGAGGUGAGAGUGCUCAGACAUCUUCACACGUCACACAGAACACAAUGUGUUACAGUAACUUCUGCUCUGCCUCAUUAGCUGUUAUUAUUUAAAUGUUGAAACAUUCAAAUGUUGAAACAGAAGUCACAUAAACUUCUAUGACCCUGUACAUUAAAUUAAAGGUGACAUUUAACAAACAGGAACAUGACGCAUCAAAUGUGUUGGAUUAAGAUUUUAUUAGUCUAACAGAUUGAACUAGUCACACAGCUGGUAGUUAAAAAGAACACGUUUGGGCAUACAGACUGAACUAUCAGCAAAACCAGUUACUAAUCCUAAGCUCAUUGAACUGUUAAACUGUUCCACUGUAGUAGUCAUUUAAAGGUGCAAUAUGUAAAAAUGAACGAAUAAACCAGUUAGUCUGUCAAA